GAAUUGGUGUGCUUAUGUCCACACCAGACUCUUACCUACAGUUGUCGUGGACAACCUGGAAACCUUCUCAUCAGGCAGAGCGAAGCCUUGCACUUGGCAUAUUGGAUCCUGUCCUCAGAGGUCCCAAGCAGCAACACACCAAGCCUACAGAAUCAAACAUAAAAUAGUGACAUCGCUGGACUGGAAGUGCUGUCCUGGCUACAGUGGGCAAAACUGCCAGUCUAAAGCUCAGGAGCCACAAUCGCUUAUACACAGCAACCAGGCUGAAAGCAGCAGAAUUGUCAGUGAGAGGACACCAGGAGUUCCUCAGGACCCCAGUGUGCCAGCACUAACACAAAAAAUGAACGAGAAGAUUAGCAACCAGGAGAUGAAACUGACUUUUCUACAGAAGAAAGUUGACAGCAUUGCUACUGCGAUGAAUGAUGUGAGCAAGACGCUUUCUUCUCUGGAAGGCAAAAUCAAUGAAGAUAAAGGCAGAGACUUCCAGUCUUUUUUAAAAGGUAUCAAAUCCAGAAGUAUUAAUGAAUUAGUCAAAGAUGUUGUCAGAGAACACUUUAAGGUAUUUCAAGGGGAAAUGCAAGAAAGCGUGGCUCAAAUUUUCAAGACUGUGUCUAGUUUGUCAGAUGACCUUGAAAAUAUAAAAGAAUUUGUCAAGCAUCUGAAUGAAACUCAGCAAAAAUUUGCUCAGGAGAAAGACAGUGGGCCAACAAAGCUUGACAUUUUGGAGCUAAAGAGUCAUAUUGUCCAGAUGAAAGAGGAAAUGACCCUCACUUGUGACAAGCCUAUGAAAGCUUUACAGGAAAAGCAGAAAUCCUUGGAAGAUAACUUGGAGCAUCAACAGUCAAGAAGUGUUAUUUAUUAUGAAUCUUUAAAUAGGACUCUUACUGAAAUGAAAGAUGCUCAUGAACAACUGUUAUCAGCUGAACAGUCUUCAAGCCAAAAUAUCCCUUCAGCAGAAAAAGACACGGAAUACAAUGUUACAGAAUACUUGUUCACACUGCAUGAGAAAGUUAAGAAACAAGGUGUGAUGGUGCUGCAGAUCUAUGAUGAUUUAAGAGUCCAAGACAGCAAGAUCAGCAAUCUCAGUGUUGCACUGGAAAUUCAGAGAGACUCUGUUCUGGGAAUCUGUGAUGACAUGUUGUCAGAGAGCAGAAAGGAUUUUGAAAUACAGCUGGCAGCAACCCAGGAGAAUGUGCUUGUCCUCAACAAAAGCCUUUCUGACCUGAUCCUUCCACUGGACAAUAAGAUGAGCAAAAUGAAUGAGCAAAUUAAUGAUUUGUGCUAUGAUAUGGAGAUCCUGCAACCCUUGAUUGAACAAGGGGUACCGUUUAGUCUGACUUCAGAGUAUGAACAACAAAUCCAAGCCGAAGAAAUCAAUGAGAAGCUUGCAAACCUCACUACUGUGAUUAACAGAAUGAGUUCCACAAUUAAGGAGCUUUCCAAAGCUCAGGAAGGACUUAAAAAUGAAUCUCAAGCUUAUCAGGAAUUGUUUGAGAGUCGAGUUAAUGAAUGCUCCAUGGAAAUAGAAGAUGGUUUAAACAAGACCAUGAUAGUAAUAAACAGUGCUAUUGAUUCUAUUCAAGAUAGCUAUGUACUGAAAGAUACAUUCCAUGCUUUAAGAAAUGAGACUGAAGUCUGCUGUGGCAGAGCUGAGAAGCUGGACAUCCUCCUGGCUUUCAUUCCCCAGUUCCAACAGCUGAACGAAUCCCUCCAAACACUGAUCAUGGGCAAGAAGUAUGAAAUCACUUCACAGGCAUCUGACCUUCCAUAUGAGGAGUCUGACAAAAAUAUCCUCAACAAUUUCAGAAGAGUUUUCUAUAUUUUAAAUGAAACAUCAUCAAAGGUGGAAAAUCAGCAAGAAGAUAUCAGCCGCCUGGAAGAGAAGCUAUUUGACUCUGUGGAGGGACUAAAGGACCAUGGGGUUCGCCUUCUGAACGUGGAGUCAAAAAUUUCCAAGUUUUUGGCCAACAACUGUGUCUCGCUGAAAAAAACCAAAGCUGCCUCAACAGAGAAAGAGCAAGUGGUCUCACUUCAGCUCCAGACACUGAGUUCCAGGGUCAAGGCCCUGGAAGCGAAGUCGAUCCGCCUGUCAAACAGCGUUCCCCUUCUGAACAGGACUGCUCACGAGGCCUGGGCCCUGUGUCAGGAGACCCACAGCAGCAUCCAGGAGGUGAAUGCGAGUGUCCCUCUGCUGGUUAAACUUGCUCAGCCAGAUAUCCCCCUGCUGCAGAGAGGCCUCAAAGAGCUGGUUGAGUCUGUGCUUGAACUAAAAGCAGGAACUAUCUUGGCAAAUUUAACCCAGCGUGUUGACGUAUCAGUGGCAAAUGCAAUGAACAAUGUCACCAAACUUCAGAAGCAGGUGAAACCAGUUAUAAAGAAGCCAGCCCCAGUGAAGAAAGGGGCAGCAAAUGUCACCAUGACCCUGGCAAGCCGAAGUCAGAGAAAUGCGGACAAUACUAUAGAUUCAGGGCAGUAUUCAGCAUGUGUCAGUUCCCCGUGCCAGAAUGGUGGAACCUGCAUCAAUGACAGACAGAGUUUUAUUUGUGCUUGUCGACACCCCUUUGGAGGAGUCAACUGCAGUACUAAGCUGGUGAAUGACAAUUCUCUGAGUGUUGAUUUUUCAAAAGGCUCAUACAGAUAUGCACCUAUGGUGGCUUUUUUUGCCUCUCAUACGUAUGGAAUGACGACUCCAGGACCGAUCAGAUUUAACAAUCUGGAUGUCAACUAUGGAGCUUCAUUUGCCCCAGCAACUGGGAAGUUCCAUGUUCCAUAUCUGGGGGUCUAUGUUUUUGAGUAUACCAUCGAAUCAUUCAGUCCACGUGCCUCUGGCUAUCUGGUCAUUGAUGGAAUAGACAAACUCACUUUUCAGGCUGAAAAUAUUGAUAGCAACAAGUACACUGACAGAGUAAUCACUGGAAAUGCCUUAUUAGAGUUAAAUUAUGGUCAAGAAGUCUGGCUCAGACUGGCAACUGGCUCUAUACCCGCCAAGUAUCCACCAGUAACUACAUUUAGUGGUUACUUGUUGUAUCGUACCUAA